AACGCCAACUGUCACUGCUGAGGAAGGUCACUAUGUCUGUCUUGUGUAUCUGGCCGGCACUGAAAGCCACUUCAUAUUUUCUGUUUCUAAUAUUCGUAAAGUAAAAGAAAACAUCCAAACCGGACACCAAAAAGCUGUACUUGAAGUCAUAAAUAAAAUAUGCACCAAAUCACAACGCUUUUUGGCUGUGGAAGUUGCGCUUCUGUUUCUUUCAAAUUCAAAUACAGAUUACAUUUAUUAAAAAAAAAAGUGUAGAAACAAUAAAAAAGAAUAUUUGUCUUGGUCUGAGUCGUUUGUACACUUUCUUGUUCUGAUCAUGGACCGGCAACUUGUAUUAAUUGAUCGUUUAACGUAUAAAAUGAGUAAAUAUUUCUUGUACAAAAAUGAGGUACCCAACUUAAUUUAGUUAUGUAACCGCAGACUGUUAACAGUACCAAAUAUUUCAAAAAUGUUAUCCACCAGCUCGUAGUUUGCGGGUUGAGCUUCUGGUGUUCUUGUUGUCUCUCGGAAAACGGGCGGAGCUCACAGGGAAUGCAAGCUCUCACUUGCUGAAAUCGACGUCCAUCAAGAUCUAUACCGCCACCGAUUGGCUCGGGUGGGCGGUUCCGCAGGUGUCUGACUCUCAUAGAAGGGCAGGGCAAGGAGAAGGUGAUCAAUCUUCAUCAGUCUACAUUAGCAAUCACCUUAACCACAAGGCGAGACAGGCACUCCAUGCAAGAAAUCUUGAAGGACUUUUUUCCCCCAAAGAAAAUUUAACGGAUUAAACUGUCGCGAUUUGUGGACCCACCUAAAUCUUUUAGCAUGAUGUCAUACCUCAAACAGCCCCCUUAUGGAAUGAACGGACUGGGGCUGAGCGGAGCGGCAAUGGACCUGCUGCACCCAUCGGUGGGCUACCCAGCGACCCCCAGAAAACAGCGGCGGGAGAGGACGACCUUCACGCGCUCGCAGCUCGACAUUCUCGAGGCGCUUUUCGCCAAGACCCGCUACCCCGACAUCUUCAUGCGAGAGGAGGUGGCUUUAAAGAUCAACCUGCCGGAGUCCCGCGUCCAGGUGUGGUUUAAAAAUCGUCGAGCAAAAUGUAGGCAGCAGCAACAGAGUGGAAACAAUACCAAGGCCAGGCCAGCCAAGAAGAAAUCGUCCCCAACCAGAGAGAGCACCGGGUCAGACAGUAGCGGUCAGUUUACUCCACCGGCGGUGUCAAGCUCUGGCUCUUCUUCAUCCAGCUCCAUUUCUUCAAGUAAUACUGGAAUCAGUAGUGCAUCUACCUCCAUCAGUACCCCAGUGUCCUCCAUCUGGAGCCCAGCUUCUAUCUCCCCUGGCUCUGCCCCGAUUGCAGCCUCUGUCACUGAGCCUCCCCACACUAGUGCGUCUUGCAUGCAGCGUUCAGUCUCCAGUGCCUCGGCUGCAUCUUACCCAAUGUCCUACAGCCAAGCCACAGGCUACAGCCAAGGCUACCCUGCUCCUUCCAGUUCUUACUUUGGUGGGAUGGACUGCAGCUCCUAUCUUACUCCCAUGCACUCGCACCACCAUCCUCACCAGCUGAGUCCAAUGGCACCGUCGUCUAUGUCUGGACAUCCUCACCACCACCUGAGCCAGUCGUCUGGUCACCAUCAUCACCACCAUCACCAUCAUCACCAGGGUUAUACAGGAGCUGGAUUAGCUUUCAACUCCUCUGAUUGCCUGGAUUACAAAGACCAAACUGCCUCUUCCUGGAAACUCAACUUCAACGCUACGGACUGUUUGGACUACAAAGAUCAGGCGUCAUGGAGGUUUCAAGUCUUGUGAGAACUUUCACAAUCCACCCCCUUCCUUUUAACUUUAUUUUGUAUGUUUUACAUUUUUAUGAAUUUUAUUAAUCUAAAAGAUAUACAAAGUAUCACUUAAAAAUCGCACCAAACUUUUUUUUUUUUUUGAGUCUUACUUAUGGCCAACCAUACCAGCAAAUAACUUUUUUUUUUUUUCACCCCCCUCACCCCCCCACUCCCUUUUCUGGGUAUGUGAGAUGGAGAUUUUGUGUGGACAAUGAUGCCUGGGACAAAAAAACAAGAAAAAAAAGACUUGUCCAAACUUUUUUUUUUUUUAGAAGUUUUAACCAAACUGAAAAUGAAAAUUUUAUUUCAAAGACCUAAUUCUGAGCCAACUUUCUUUUUGUGGACCGCUCACCACAAGCAAAGAUUUUAAGGUCGAUUUGCUAUGUUAAAAGAUUUUCCAAAUCGAAACAAACUUUGUAUAUUUUUUUAAUUUCCAUUAUUUUAGUGUGUGGGGGAGGGAAUAGCUACAUCGAAAAGCUCAAAUGUGUAAAUAUGUAUUUGGUCAGUUGCAGUGACCACUUUUUUUUUUUUUUUUUUAGUUGAUGUUACGGGCUUACAA